AUGCAGACCGUUUGCACAGGAGUCUGGAUUCUAAACCGCUACUUUGCUGUGGCAGAGGUCACUUGGAUGACCAAUGAAGCGGUUUUUCUUCUGCGCUUGCUCAUUAGGGCUUUCGACAACGAAUCGUACUUCUGGUAUUAUUUCUUCUUUGGAUGGGGUCUUCCAGCUUUCCUGGUUUUCACCGUGUAUGUUCCUAUUUCUCUUCUUGUGUAUGGGUCCUACGAUCCACGUUGCUGGAGUGCACACGGUCAGGAGCCCAUCAUGAUGAUACUGUACGGACCGAUAACCAUAAUGCUUUCGAUUAAUUUAUCCAUCAUGAUCUUUGCCUUGUUCACUUUGGUGCGGAAAAUGCAGGAAACAAGCACACCAGAGCUUCAAAUCGCCAGAAAGACUGCCAAGGGAGCAGUUAUCUUGUUUCCACAGAUGGGUGUCAUAUAUCUUUCGAUAUUUUAUAUUCCCAAGGGAAAUACAGCAUUUGAUUACGUCGUGCGGGUUAUCUUUCCACUUCAGGGAGCUUUUGCAGCUUUGGUAUUUGUUGCGUGGAACUCAGAGGUUCGUCAGAGCGUCAGACAGCGUUGUAUUCAGUGGUGGCACCGAAACAGCCCCAUGGAGAAAGGUAAAUCAAGCAGCUCUGUGGAGGAGCACUGCCAAAACAAAAUGCAUACGAAUUUACCAAUGACUGUUGAAGAUUUUCUGAGGUGUAGAAUGGCAACAUCCUCAAGUCCUCAUCCACCAACUAGGCUCACCAGCAGCGAAACAAUCCGGUCAAACCAAGAAGAAAUGCUGGAUUUGUCACUGAGCCCGCAAUCAAUCGUUAAGUUCCCAAAGACACCUUCCGAGAUGAUUGAGCUAAGAGAGAUUAGGCAACUGUCACGACAGAGGAAUAUUCCCGAGGACGUUUGUUAUCCUCAGCCAAGCUGUAGCCAGAAAGUUCCGGUGGUAAUUCAUGUCUCAUCUGCUGCCACACCCAACUGUACCUUCUCACCUUCAAACACGAAGCAUAAAGCAAUUGAAGCCCCAGCCCGACCCCACAGAGAGCGUGUCUCUACGGGAUCCUUCGAAGGCGUGCAUGACCUUGAGUCGUACAUCUGCUGUCAUCCAAUACAGGCUCAAUUUCAGCCCAUAAUGCACGAGUCGGCAGACUCUGGUAUUGAAGAAUUUCACGGUGAGAAGCGCUUGUCCACCGAUAGCAUGUGGUUUGAGGAAGAGAUUCAUCUGGAUCAGCCACCGCCACUACAAGCCACACUCGCACCCUUUCAAACCAACAGAGUUCUGUUUUCAAAGAGGACGAGUUGCCCCGCAGUCACCGCUCUGCAUUCCAAACCGCUGAAACAAACCCUGCCAUACAACGUCCGCGAGGCAUUCAAAGGCUAUGGUGUUUGUGAAGACACGAAGCAAAUGAAAGAGCCACAGAGAUUGACAAGAUCUGAGAGCUUGUUUUGCGGCUCAGGUUCUCAAGUGUUCCCUAUUUCGUCAAGUAGUUAUGCAUGGGCUGAAGGCAAACAGAAGUCUAGGAAAAAGGUCUUGCAAGAGAGGUCUUGUAAAUGA